AUGGGUUUUGUUAUAACACCAAAAGUAGGUUUUAUAAUUGAUCAAUCUAUAGUCUUUGGAGGUUUCGCCUUAGGCUUAAUAUCUAAAAAUCCUUUAUAAUGGUAUGAAGUUUUCUUUAAACUCUAUAUAGGUCUCAACCUUGUGCUUAUGCCAUUUGCUGGAUUAGUGACAUUAUUCUGUAAAAUAUUUGGUAAGCGUAUAUAAGAUCCUCCAAAACCCACUCAAUAUUUAAAAGAAAUUUUUGAAACUACUCGCUGCUAUUGGGUAGUCUCUCUUUUGGCAGCAUGGCCUGUCUAAAGAUAUCUUAAUGGUGAAUUGACAGCUUAUACCAUGGAUUUAAAAGAGAGUUUUGUAGGAGACUCUAUCAUUUUAAACACUCUGUUUAUGGUAUUUUUCUUCUUAUUAGUUGACUUCCACACUUAUUGGAAACAUCGCCUUUUACAUACUCGUACAUUCUGGUAUUUCCACAGAAAUCACCACUCUUUCUUUGAUCCUUCAUGCUUUGCUUCUUUUGGAGUAUCACCAUUUGAAUCUGUCCUUACUUUUGGUCCCUUAUUAUUUGAUUAACUCGAAAUAGCCAAUCAAUUUAAGCUCUGCACAUGGCUUCAUGGAAGUGUUAUCCUUUUCUUUAUAGUUUUAAAUAUUUACCUUCACUGUGGAUACACAUUUGACUUCAUAGAAAAUACUCUUCCAAAACUAUUCAUCAACACAUCGGCCCACCAUAACCUCCAUCACUCAAAAACUAAAAUUCACUUCAGUGAACUUUUGACUCUUUGGGAUUACCUUAUGAACACUGGAGCCACAUUUUACAACAAACAAGAAUUUUAAUAAAAAUUAGAAAAAGAAAAAUCUUGA